AUGACUCAUUAUGCUAUGACUCAUUACGAUAUGGUUGUAGUGAAUUGGGAAUAUGAGAAUGAGUUCAUAAGACACUUUGAGCGAGAGGAUUACCUCUCGGACAAUUACAUCAAGCUGACGCCAGUUGUAUCGCAAGGAAAUGAGGCUUCACGGCCCGUCCAUCACAGCGUGGCAAUGGCAUUGCUGGCAGGGAUUUUUGGGAGCCAGACGGUAUGUGAGAUAAAGGAAAUGCAAGCCUAUUGGGAGCUUGCAGGCUUAACUGUCCUGACCCUGCCUACAUUCUACCUCGCUCUCGUCCUCCUUGUCUCAGCCGCCGUCUGCCAGUUCCCCUUGCUCUCAAAGGCGAUCGAGUCCUCCUCUGGCAACGCAGUCAUCCCAACCGCAACCUAUCAUAGCAGCUGGUGCAUCUUUUCCGUCAUCGGAGGCUCCAUCAAAUUCAAAGAAUACGAAGGCCUCCCUAUCAGCCGCAUCCUACUCUUCGCCCUCGGGAUCUCCAUCGUCGUUGUUAGUACCUACAUCACCUCCACCGCCAUGACCCUGCAUCCUGCCGACUCCAAGGGAAGCACUCUCCUCAUCGGCCCUCUCCUCCCUCCGUGGCCCAAACAAGAUCCGUUAAGAGACUGA